UGCAAGUGGCAUCCUAGUCCCCAUCCUGAUAAAUUGGGAUGUUCCUUGUCUCAUGGGAAGAGUGGCUGGGACCACCAAAAUGGGACUCACCUUGGGCACUGAGCAAAUUUAUGUGCAAUGGUUUUUUUUUCCCCUCCCUUUGCAUUGUUCACCAGUUUCCUUAGCAAACACCAUGGCAAGACAUCACUAAAGGCUUCCUCAGGGUGCAGCAGCCAGGGGGUGGCACUGAGAGGAGGAAAAGGAAACUCCAAAAACUCCCACUCAACCUAAUGGGAUCCAGCUGCCUCCUCCCAGCAGUGUCCUGCUCCCAGGCGUGGGCUCAGUGGAAAGUUGCCUCUUUCCCAGCUUCAGGAGGCUGCACCGAGUGGGACAAGACCAUGAGCCACCACCUCAGGUAAUGGCACUGCCUGCAGCAUCUGCUGCAUUCAUCAGAGCAACAGAGGGUGAGAUCCCACCAUGGCUCCAGCUCAUCAAGGAAGCCUGCAGUUCACCCCCAGACCAGUGAUGGACUCUACAAACACUGCUUCUUCAUGGUUUAACCUCCAAAUUAUAGCUUCUUCCUCUUCGGACUCUGAGACCUUAAUUUAUUUUGAAUAGGAUUCCCAUGGCAUGUGAACUAGAAGAUAAUUUGAAAUAGAAGGAUUCCUUGUUUUCAAGUGACAGCCUUUACCAAAAUGGUUGGAAAACUCAAGCAGAACUUGCUGCUGGCAUGCCUGGUGAUCAGCUCAGUGACAGUGUUUUAUCUGGGCCAGCACGCCAUGGAGUGUCACCAUCGAAUAGAGGAACGCAGCCAACCUGUGAGGAUGGAAAGUGUGAGAAGCACAGUUAGAACAUUUGCUGCCAGUGCAAAUGCAAGCAAAACCUUUGCUUACAACAAAGACAUGCCUUUAAUAUUUAUUGGAGGAGUACCUCGAAGUGGCACCACCUUAAUGCGGGCCAUGCUCGAUGCCCAUCCCGAUAUCCGAUGUGGGGAGGAGACCAGGGUGAUCCCACGGAUCCUGGCAGUGAAGCAGAUGUGGGCUCGGUCAAGCAAAGAGAAGAUCCGGCUGGAUGAAGCUGGAGUCACAGAUGAAGUUCUGGACUCAGCCAUGCAAGCAUUUUUAUUGGAAAUCAUUGUGAAACACGGAGAGCCUGCUCCCUAUUUGUGUAACAAAGAUCCUUUUGCUUUAAAAUCCCUAACUUAUCUUGCUAGAAUUUUCCCCAAUGCCAAAUUUCUCCUCAUGGUACGGGAUGGCCGAGCAUCCGUGCAUUCCAUGAUAUCUAGAAAAGUGACAAUAGCUGGGUUUGACCUUAACAGCUACAGGGACUGCUUGACCAAGUGGAACCGUGCUAUAGAAACUAUGUAUAACCAGUGUAUGGAGGUUGGUUUUGAAAGGUGCAUGCUGGUACAUUAUGAACAACUCGUACUGCAUCCAGAAAGGUGGAUGAGAACUCUCUUAAAGUUUCUUCGCAUCCCAUGGAACCAAGCAGUGCUGCACCAUGAAGAAAUGAUUGGAAAAGCAGGGGGUGUUUCUCUUUCAAAAGUUGAAAGAUCUACUGACCAAGUAAUCAAGCCAGUCAACGUGGAAGCAUUGUCAAAGUGGGUUGGGAAGAUACCUGCUGAUGUCCUGCAAGACAUGCCAGUGAUUGCACCCAUGCUAGCAAAACUGGGCUAUGAUCCGUAUGCCAAUCCACCAAACUAUGGAAAGCCAGAUCAAAAAGUAGUGGAAAACACAAGGAGGGUCUAUAAAGGUGAAUUUCAGCUUCCUGACUUUCUUAAAGAAGUGCCACAGACUGAACCUAUGGAAUAGAAGAUAAAAUGGAUAUUUCUUGCACAGAAG